AUGGCCAACCGCGACCAUAUCUCCAUUGAACAAAAGAUUCAAGAAAAAGCCGCCCACCAUGAAUAUGCCGAUACAGGGCGCCGUGGCGGUCCUGGACGAAGCAGUCUCCGAGCCGACAGUGUCACUCGAGCCUCGUUUGACCGGCGGCAUUCAGCGUCGGUGCCUCGCAGCCGCCGCGACAGCAUCCGCAAGAGCUUCGACGACACCAACCUGGCGAUGGUGAUGCCGGACUCGACGCACGUGGAAAUGAGCGACGACGACAUGGGCGCCAACUCUAUCGAUGACAUCGCCACGUCCUGGUUCGUCUGGCUGGUUGCGGCCACGGCAUCUAUUGCUGGUAGCUUGUUCGGCUACGACACGGGCAUUAUUUCCGCCGUGCUGGUCUAUCUCCACAACGACCUGAACAACCGGCCAACCUCGUCGAACGAAAAGGAACUUAUCACCUCUCUUUGCUCCGGUGGUGCUUUUAUCGGUGCCAUCAUUGCUGGUUUGACUGCUGACCAGUUCGGUCGCAAAAUCGCCAUCUACGUCGGCUGUGCGCUCUUCACCAUCGGAGCCAUCCUCCAAGCUGCCGCGUACUCGAUCGCCCAGAUGUCCGUGGGCAGACUGGUCGUCGGAUUCGGUGUCGGCUCGGCUGCCAUGGUGGUGCCUCUGUACAUUGCAGAGAUUGCCCCGACCAAAGUCCGUGGGCGUCUCAUCGGCCUGAACAACAUGUCGAUUACUGGUGGCCAGGUGAUUUCCUACGGUAUUGGUGCAGCCUUUGCACAUGUUGACCACGGCUGGAGAUACAUGGUCGGCCUCGGAGCAGUGCCCGCUAUUCUUCUGGCUUGUCUAUUGCCUUUCUGCCCGGAAUCACCUCGUCAACUGGUCUACCACGGCCGCAUCGCCGAGGCCGAAUCUGUCCUCGCAAAGAUCUACAAAGGCGCAUCAGCCGAACAAGUGCGUGCCAAAACGGCCCUGAUCGCCGCCGCCUGCGAGGAAGCCAAAGAACUCAACGAAGACCAAUCGCGCUGGAGCAAGAUCAAACAACUACACACCAACCCAGCCAACUUCCGCGCGCUAGUCUGCGCCUGUGGACUGAUGGUGAUCUCGCAAAUGUCCGGCUUCAACACGCUGAUGUACUACUCCUCCACGCUUUUCGCCCUUGUCGGCUUCUCGGACCCCGUGGCCGUGGGGCUCGUGGUCGCAGGCACGAACUUCCUCAUGACCUGGGUGAACAUGAUGCUCGUUGACCCCGUGGGCCGACGUAGGGUGCUUAUCGCGACCGUCUGGGGCAUGUCGGCGGGCCUGAUCGCCGUGGCUGUGGCAUUCAGUUUCAUCCCGAUCGACCGCAAGACAUUGGCGCUUGAAAACGCAAAAGUCUCCGCUCCCGCCAUUGUCGUGUUGGUGUUUAUUAUCUGGUUCGUCUUCUUCUACGGUGUCUCGGUCGGAAACACCGCGUGGAUGAGCACCGAUUUCUUCCCCAUGGAAGUCCGGGCCAUGGGAACAAUGUGGUUGACUUGUUCUUGUUGGGGAUCGAAUAUCAUUGUCAGCUCGACUUUCCUGUCAAUGAUGAAGGGAAUGAGCCCUUCGGGUGCUUUUGCCUUUUAUGCGGCCAUCUGCGGUAUUGGAUGGGUGCUGAUCAUUCUGUUUUAUCCCGAGGUUUCGGGUCUGACGCUCGAGGAGAUCGGUGAGGUGUUCCAGCAUGGCUUUGGGGUCAGGUAUGCGUCCAAGUUGAGGAAGGAGCGGAAGGCGGAAAUCAAGGAGAGGUUGAAGAAUAAGGAGAGGACGAUUGCCGUUGGUCAUUAA